AUGCAACACACUCUUGAUGAAGCUGAUAAGCGAGUCAAGAAGCCAUCUUGUAAGGUUCUCAUCCCUUCUUCAACUUCAUCUGAAAGCGAAUCUGAUGAUGCUCAUCAAAGAGAAUCUGUGGAUGAUGUCCACCGAAAUGACCAAGAGGUAAAUUUCUCUAUUCCAUCCCCUCCACCAUCACCUACUUCAACCUCUGUUCCUAUCACAAUUGCACCUUGCCCACCUCCUAUUACUUCUCAACCACUCACUUCUAUUCCACUUCAAUACCCUAUUUUCACUAUAACAACAAUCACUACGACUACCACAACAAGUGGACCUUUUGUUGAUUUCAACGGAGAAAGCGAUGAUGACACCUUUGUGACUCAAAGGCAUAUCAGGGCACUUACUGAAAAGUUGGAAUCUCUUAUUUCCUCUUCAAGCCAAGCUUAUUCCGAAGCAGUGGUUAAGGGUAUGCUCGCUACUCUUAUGAAAGAGCAUGUUGCCAAUCUUGCAAAAGCAAACAAAGCGGUUGAAGACUCCACUACUUCAUGUCUGCAAGCAACCGAAAAAGUCGAUAAACUAAUCUCAGAAACAAAUACUUUUAUGACAGAGAUUCAUACCACAACUGAAUCGAAUGCUUCCAAAGAAAAUGAGGCGAUUACGAAACUAAGAACUUCGCUUCGCACUAAAAGGGAGAAUCUGGAAAAGCUUCGUAUAGAUAUCACUACUAACAACACUGCAUUUCAAACUUCAAUGUCCUCAUGCCUUUCCAAGUUCCAAGACGACCUAGUUGUUGAAAUUAAAAUAAUGGACAAACUUGCUCUCUGA